AUGAACAGCGGGGCUGUCGGUCUCUGGCGGCGACAGACCUGGGCUCUUUCUGCGCUUUCACGGGCUGCUACAGGGCUAUGUCCAGCCCUGCGGCCGCUUGCAACUGAGGCGACUGACACCAACGGCAGUAGCGUCGGCAGCGGCGGCAACGGCCAAACGGCUGCAACGGGCAGGCCUGAGGACGUUUCCGCAGAACGAACGUCGGUCACUGCACCGCCACAGUCGUUCCCAGUAGCUGCGGAGCUCGUCGGCAUACCGCGAAACGUUUACGACUCGUUGCCAGAACCUGUGCAGACGGCACUGCUCGCGGAGUUCGCCACAGGGGAACAGCUCCAGACCUGGCGGGAGCGCGUUGCAGUGAGAGCCUUUCAGCGACACGAACUCGACACGGGCUCUCCCGAGGUGCAGAUCGCUAUUCUGACCACUCGCAUAGCGAACCUGACCCGACACUUGCGACUCCAUAGGAAAGACGUGAGGACGAAACGAAGCCUGGAGCAUAUCGUCGCACAACGCCGAAGACUUUUGCGAUACUUGUUUCGCACAGAACCAGGGCGCUAUGAGGACACCGUGGAGCGACUCGGUAUUCGCUCGGGUUCUCUUGUGGAUCCACAGACAGAACGUCGUGCACGUCGACCCGGUGAUCUGAGUGUACCCACCGGCAACCGUAAUCGACCUUGA